AUGCCCAUUAUCCUAUCGGCGAGCCUUCAAGGCGUCUCGUCGAGCGAGCGCUGGCCUGUGUACAACAUGCCAGGAAACGACCCGCCCUACUGUCGCUUCGUCACCAAGUGGGCAGCCAAGAUCAACUACGUCGACAUGAUGGCCAAGCAACUCCAACCCGAUCGUGCGAUGUACUGCAACAUGCUGCGCGCUUGCACGAACGUCCGCCACGCAAGACUCACGUACGCCGCCGACGUUGUAGCUGCCAUGACGACGCCGGUCCACCGCGUGACAUAUAACGUACCCGACUACCCGCUCGACGCUGCGGAGCACAUCGAGCGCUGGCUCGCAUCAGGUCACGCACAGCGCUUGAUGCUUUCGAGUUUCCAUCGCGUCGAUGCUGGCCUCGCGCAUGUGCUUGCAUCGUCAACGGUCUCGCACCUCGACUUGAACUGCUCGCCCGGCGUCGCAAACGGUGUGGCGUUCACGCAUCUCAGAGAAGCGACCUUCAAGUUGAGUUCGGCGCCAAUCGAGUUUUGCCAGCUCGGGCCACUGCUCAAUUUGUCCAAGCUCCAGAAGCUGGAACUCGCGAACCUCGUCAACGUCGAUGGCGCCUACCUUGUGAGCAAGCUACCCGACUUGGUCGCUCUGGAAAGUCUAUCUCUCUCCAACGUCGACCUCUCGACGGCGCAAUCACCUGCUAUGGGCACAACGACCCCAACAAGCUUCCGCGCGAUGGUCGACUGGGCGCUAAGCUCGCCCCAGCUCGAAUCGCUCACGUGGUGCGACGUCGAUUCCAUCACGAAGCACAUCGCCGACGCUGCGGAUACGCUGCAACGCUGCAUUGCGGUUGGUGUGGGUCGUAUUGACCUUCGGAGCUGCUCUCUCGACGACGAUAGCGCCAAAGCGCUGGCUGCCGUUCUCGCCGGUUGUCACGCCCGAGAGCGCUUUGAGCUCGACCUCUCCUGGAACGAAUUCUCAACCAUCGGCGUCGGCUACCUCGCCUCGGCGCUCACGUCGUGCACCAACGUCCGCAUCCUCCUGCCCAACGCCUUAUCCGACCUAUUUCACAAGCCGACUUGA